CGGAGGCAGCUCUUGUUUGUUAGUCUCUAAACCCUCCUAAUACCCCCCUCUUCUUCUUCCACAAACAAUACACAGUCGGUGAACACUGGAAGAGCACAACAAAUCUCAGAAAGAAAGUACAAAAAUGGUGAACAAACCAUGGAGGAUCAUACCAAGGCCAUUGAUAGAAACAGUGCUAAACAACCACGCUCAGCACCACCGUGUUCCUCAGCCUCUGAUCCUCCACGGCCCCAGAGGCGUCGGAAAAACAACUCUCAUCCUCGAACGUCUGCUCAACGACUGGAACAAAGGCCCUCACCUCACUGGCUACGUAGACUUCGCCGAGUCCAUCAAAGACCACCACCCACAAUUCAAUCAGUCGUUUCCUUGGGCUUCUUGGUCCAAUUGCCCACCACCCACUUUGUCCGAUUGCAGAACCAAGCUUGAGUGCUGCCUCGAAUCCAUGACUCACAAGGGCGUCCAGCUUGGUUCCAUUAGCUCCCAUCAAAUUUUCUCUACUCUCAACAAAUGGCACGGUAUUAACACGGCUCUCCGCCGCGUUAUUGAGGGCAAUAGUGCGUCCAAGAAUGCGGUUUCUGAUAGAGUUUCGGGUUCUGUUUUGUGGGAUCGGGCCGUUUUCGCUCUAAGUGCUCGAUGUAAUGCCGAAGAGAUUGAUGGGAUUUUGGGUUUGCGUGAGAAGCGGAAGAGUUUGCCAUUGGAAGAGGCUUCGUAUUAUAGGGAAGCUGUAGUGGCAUUGAGAUUGGCAAAGGAGGUGAUUGAGGUCCAACAAAGUUGGAGGACUAAUGCUAUUGCACAUUUAAAUCGGACUGGUGGGUUUUCGAGGUUUUUAGCAAAUUCGUGCACAGAUUGGCCCUGUUUGUUGUUGGAGUUGUUAUCUCAAGCUGCUGAAAUUGAUCAUUUCCAGCCUAAGCUGGUUAUAAACAAUAUCGAAGUUUUACGGAAUGCAAUUUUGUUAGAUGAGAAUUCGUCAGUCUGUGGAUCAAUGUAUCAUGACAGUCUGAUAUGGAGAAUAAUAGCUUUAGGUGCAAACGAGAGGUGCAUUCCUGUUGUUCUUGUGACAUCGGAUAGUUACUACUCAUACCGGGCUUACAUGGAUUUUGGAUUUCCAGACAUAUUCAUCUCUCGUGAGACCUUUGGCUGGAACCCCCAAGAAGCUAAAUUGCAUAUGGUUAAUGAUUAUUUCAGUCAAUCAGAGUGGUUGGUUAUUGCUGAAGUGUUUGGUCCAAACCCUAGACACUUAUUUGAGCUAUAUGCACUCAAGCAGGGCAAUUACUAUCAGCAGUUAGAGGACAACAAAGAUAGCACAUUUGAGGACAUUGUGGAUGCAUAUUUAGCAUAUUUGCAAAUUACUGUAGUGAAUCCUGCCAUGGAGAAGGCACUGGGGCUUCUACAAAAGUUUGCUGUUGAUGCACAUAGUGGAAAAUUUUCAAAAGACAGACUACGCUUUGGUGCACCUUGGAGACAUCCUCCACCAACAGAUGAUCCUGCCUUGUGCCGUCAAUGGGCAAAGGUUCAGCUGAUGGAUUUUGUGCAGUCCCUAGUUAAUACAGAAUUUGGAGUUAAUUAUCUAGCUGACUGUAGCCUUGAGCUCUUGGAUGAUCCUUCUACUGUUGCAUUGUUGGAGGUUGGUUUGCUCUAUGCUCAACGGGAUCCAUCCAUCAUUCGCCCCAUAUCUAGGGGAAUUCAGCGAUGCAUUGUAAGAUGGCUUGUCCAAGAAAGGAUGCAGAUGAGUUCCCCGAAGUUGCUCCAAUAUCUAUGGCAGCGUAUUAUGCGUGGCCGUAGCUAUCGUCAUUUGAUGCUACAAGUAGGCUACAAGUAGAGAUUAAAGAGGUAUCUCUUGGGAAGUGCCUUUUUUUUUUUUUUUUGCGAGUGAGGCCCAUGCUUCAGGUUCACAUAACUAUCUUUUACAGAGUGCAGACAUCGGUAAAAUAUUCGAAAGCUGAUUUCAAGGAAUUCUUUUUGUGCCUAGAUAUGUAUGGGGCAACCCUUGGUUAAGAUUUGAUUUGAAGACGACCCACAGAAACAUUUCGAUAUUUGGAGAUAUGUAGCAUAGCAUGAAGUGAGAGUAUAUUAACCAGCAUUCUCAUAUGUUUGAUGGGAAGCGUUUUGCUUAUUUCCCCACUAAUAUUUUACCCAACAAAAACUCAAAACCAAAGAAUAGAUGGAGCAAAAUAUUGUUACUGCUCGAAUGUAUGUUUUAUGACACACUUGUUGGUUUUAGGCCUUUUUUUCUCUUCCCCAUUUUUGUAUUCAAAUGCAACAAAACCCAAGCUCUUGUGAGCCCAGUAAAGGUUUGGUAGCUGGUAGCAUAGACUAGCUCACUGUAGCCCCUUUGUGAA